AUGCUCAAACUGGCACUUGUGCUCUCGCUUUCCACCCAGGCGGUGCUUGGUGGCGUCGUCCGCGACCUCGCUUCCAACGGGCCCCAGUGUCCUGCCGACCCGCCGUUGCUGUGUACCAACUCCAAUUCCGAUGUCGACACCUGCUGCUUUGAAACCCCCGGCGGCGUGCUUUUGCAGACGCAAUUCUGGGACUACUCGCCUUCGGUAGGCGCCGAGGACGAGUGGACGUUGCACGGGUUGUGGCCCGACAACUGCGACGGCUCCUACGAGCAGUUCUGCGACUCGAGCUUGAACAUCGACGGCACCGUCGAGCUGAUCAUCGUCGGCCAGUUCGGCGACUCCGAGUUGUACGACUACAUGACGAAGACGUGGAAGGACUACAAGGGCGACGACGAGAACUUGUGGGUGCACGAGUUCAACAAGCACGGCACCUGCAUCCUGACGCUCAAGCCCAAGUGCUACACCAACCCCACCCACAACCAGAACAUUUACGACUACUUUAAGAUCGCCGUCGACUUGUUCAAAAAGUACCCCACUUACGACUUCUUGACCGCUGAAGGCAUUACCCCUUCCACCACCAAGACUUACACUAAGCAGCAGAUUCAGGACGCCUUGGACAAGCAUUUCGGCGGCAACAAGGUCUACUUCAAGUGCGACAGCAACAACGCCUUAAACGAAGUGUGGUACUUCCACCACUUGAAGGGGUCGAUCUUGGGCGAGCAAUUUGUCCCCAUCGACGCUCUCUCCAACCUGGGAUGCCCUGCUUCGGGUAUCAAGUGGGUCCCUAAGGGCAAAUCGUCUCAACCCACUACUACUGGUGGCGGUAGCCCUAGCCCUACCGGUACCCCUUCUAAGGGAUCGAUUAAGGCUGAUGGUAAAGCCGGGUGCUUGAUCAGCAACGGCAAAUACUACGAACUGGGUACCUGUGCCACGUUCCUGUUCGCGGAAGCUGAAUACGGUGGGCUGAACAUCAAGUCGUCCAAGGGCUACUGCGGUCUCGACGCCACCGGGGCGUUCGCCUGUGGCUCGCUGUUCCAACCAUCUGACUUCCAAUUCAACCGUGGCAGCGACGGCAAGCUCGGCUACGGCAACAACUUCAACUGGUGCUUGGGUCUGCUGGAAGGCAGCCCCCCGCAAACCUACGUGCUCAACGCUGGUAACGGCAAGUGCGACGGUAAAUCCACCUUCGCCUUGCUCUCGUGA